CUAUUAAUGAGUACAUCAACAACAUCAGCAGUGGUGGGGAUUAAUAAUGAUAUAUUAUCAACAUUAGGCAAUGUAUUGGAUAAUGGUAGUAGUACUGAUAAUGCUAUACAGCAAGAGGUCAUGAUGACUUUGAAUGAAUUAUCAAAUACUCUUGGACCUGAUGGAAUGGCGCGAUACUUGGUUAUAAUAUUUGCAUCAAAAUCCGAUGCAAAUACAAAACAAUAUUCUCCUCAUACUAGACAACGUGCUGGAUUGUUGUUAAAGAAUAUUAUUCAAUCUAAUAAACAGAUGGUAAUAACAUCAUCAGUAAAGUCAGCUAUCUUAGAAGCAUGCCGUUAUGAUGGUGAUGCUGAUGUACGUUCAACAGCGUGUAGUUUAAUAGCUAGUAUAGUAUCAGUACAUGGUGUUGGUGCUUGGCCUGAUUGUAUGCAUAUAUUGGCUAAUGGAUUAGCUGAUACAUCAUUAGAUGUGGUUGAUGGAUCAUUUAAAGCAUUGAAAUAUGUAUGUGAAGAUGGUGUUGAUAUAUAUAGACAACAAUUAUUGGCAUAUCGAAAGGAUGAUGCGGCUGUAUCAUCAUCACCAUUUAUACAGUUUGCUGAUACUGAUUUAAUACCCAAGUUGUUGGAAGUUUGUACCACUCUUGGUGCACCUGAUAAAUAUAAAGCCUUAUCACUGAAUAUACUACACUUAUUUGUAUGCUCCUUUUUAAUGAUGCCUGGUGCAACUAGAUUAGAUCAUCAUAUGGAAGCAUACUUCAACUCAUUAGGAUCAUUGGCUGCUAAUUCUCAUAGUCCAUCAGUUUUGAAGGAGAUAUGUAUCGGCUUUGUUCAUUGUGCUAAUCAUCAGCCAGAUCUACUUGAAAAUCAUCUACCACAAAUAAUGCAAUUCAUGUUGGAAAGAUCUAGUCAAGAAUCACCUGUUGAAGUACGUAGAGAGGCAUUAGAAUUCUGGCCAGCAGUAUGUCUUAAUACACAAUGGUUACCCUAUAUACAAUCACCAGAUAGUCUUAAUAUUAUAUUACCAACAUUAUUGAAUAAUAUGGUAUAUGCUAAGGAAGACUUUGAAUCAAUGGAAAGUGGUCUAGUUGGUGAUGAUUCUCAUAUACAGGAUGAAGUUAAUGAUACAGCACCAAUAUUCCAUCAAGAUCGAUCUCGACAUAAUGAUGAUGAUGUUGGUGGUAAUGGAGAAGAUGAUGAUGAGCCAGGUGAUGAGGAAGAUAGAGCUGUUGGUGGGAAUGGACCACGUGGAGGUGGAGGUAAUAUGUCAACAUGGGGUAAUGAAUGGACAGUAAGAAAGGCUGCUGCUAAUGCUCUUGAUAAUAUGGCAAGUGCACUGAAUGAUGAUAUACUACCUAUAUUAUUACCAUUGAUUGAGAAAGGCCUUACUAAUACAGCAGAUUGGCAACAACAGGAGGCAUCAGUAUUAGCAGUUGGAGCCAUAGCACAUGGUUGUGAUACUGGUUUAGGUCGACAUAUGAAUACAUUAUUACCCUUAUUAAUACAGACUACUGAAUCUAAUCAACCAUUAUUACGAUCCAUUGGAUGUUGGGCAUUAGGAAGGUUUGCACGAUGGUUAGCAGCUCAGGAUAGUAAUACUGCCUUGAACUUGGCUACUACUGCUAUAUUACAGAGAUGUGUUGAUAAGAAUAAACGUGUACAAGAGGCAGCUAUCUCUGCAUUAGCUGGACUUAUUGAAGAGAGUGGUCAUCGUAUAAGGGAUGAUACUGAUCUUAUUAAUAAGAUAAUACAAGUUAUGAAGAUAGCUAUUAGAUUUUACCAAUAUAAGAAUCUAUUAAUAUUACUAGAUGCUAUUGGUACAUUUAUAGGAUCGAUUGGUGCUGAUGUUCUAUGUAAAGUACCAGCAAUGAACAUGGAAUUGAUACCAACUAUGUUACAAAGAUUCAAUAUGGUUACGAAUGAUAAUGAUAAGUGUUUGAUAUCCCUAUUAGAAGCAUUAACACCAAUAUUAUGGUCUCCUGAACUAGCAGCAGCAGGAUUAGGUCAAGAUGGUAUCGAUCCUGAUAUAGUCGCGGCAGCAUUAGAUUGUCUAUCAGCAGUCGCUGAAGGCUUACAUGCAUCUCAAAUAUUUACUGAUAUAAUACCAAUAGUAGUACGUAUGAUACAGGCUACAGCUCGGUCUACUACAACAACAUCUUCAAAUAUACCAUCACAAGUUACACAAGCUUUAUAUGCAUUACUUGGUGAUUUAUCAAGGUAUUGUAUUACUCUUAUAGUACCUCAUCUAUCUAUGAUAUUACCUCCAACUAUACAAUAUAUGGAUAAUGGUUCAUAUAGUACAUGUAACAAUGCUAUAUGGGCAAUAGGAGAGAUAUGUGUUGCAGUAGCAGCAACAACAACACCUUCUACUCAUAAUAAUAACAACAACAACAACAAGUUUGAUAUGAAACCGUAUUCUGGUGUGAUAGGGACUAAGUUGACAUCAAUAUUGGAGACUGGACAUCUCCAGCGCCCUUUAUUGAUCCAAAACGCCGCUAUCACCUUUGGAAGGUUGGCUUUGGUAUGUCCAGAGGAUAUUGGACAUAAUGCAUUACCUAAUGCUAUUAUACCAUGGUGUAUGGCUAUAUCUCAGAUGAGGAAUGAUAUAGAAAAGGCACAUGCUAUACAUGGUAUAUGUCUAGCAUUAGAAGUUAAUCCAUCAUGUGGUAUGGCAUUACCCGAUAGAUUAUGUGGUAUAUUAUCAGUAGCAGCAUCAUUAUAUCCACCACCACCACCAUCAUCAUCUAAUACUCAAUUACAUGAUGCUAUACAAAUGUGUCAUCAAUUGGUACAUGGAUAUAAAUCAGUAUUAUCUAAGGAUGAUUGGGAUAGGUUAUGGAAUAGUCUACCUAAUGAUAUACAAUAUAAGUUGACAACUAUCUAUGCAUUAUAAUCAUCCCAUCGUAUCGUUAUUGCAUCAUAAUUAUUAAAUACCUCUAUAGUAACACUAAUGCUUUACCAUAUAAUAGUAACAAGAAUGUUCCCGGUUAACCUCCGUAAUCAACUCUAUCAUCAACAACAUCAUCGUUCCAUUGUCGCUUAAUAUUUACCGUUUCGAU